UUCCGGAAGUGGGCCUCUCUACCCCUCCCUGUGCCUAGGGGGGGAUACACAGAAAUGAUGACAAAGAGGCAGCUCAAAUGGCGAAUGCUGUUUCUGAUAAUUACGGUACUUCCCUGCUGCAGCAGUUUGCAGGUUUCUAUUCCAGAAAGCCAAUAUGAGGUUGCCCAAGGUGGUGAUAUUACCUUGACCUGUACCUUCAUCCCUGCCAGACCAGUCUCCAACAUAUUCGUUCUCACAUGGGAAGCUUACCCUGACAAUAUCGAUGGUACAAUGAAAUCUGUGGCCACCUACUUCUUAAACACUCCGAUUGACAUUGCACCUGAUUAUGAGGGCCGAGCCUCUGUGGAUGUUAACAUUGAGACACAAGUAAGCACACUCCACUUAACAAAAGUGACCAUGCAGGACAGCCGCCGUUACCAAUGCAGUGUCAUGAUCCCCAAUGAUGAUGAGGGUACAACAGCUGCCAGCACUUCUGUUUUGGUCUUGGUGCCUCCUUCGCCGCCAAUAUGCAGGAUUCAGGGAAAAGUAGAGUACUGGCAAAAUAUCACCCUCACCUGCAUGUCUGAGCAGGGAUCUCCAAAACCUGUGUCUGAAUGGAAGAGCUACAGUGUUGAAGACAUUCCCAGGCCAUUUCCACCUAAGACAACUGAAAAGGAUGGAGUUCUAUCUCUCUUCAAUAUUUCAAGAGAAAUGUCUGGGUACUAUAUUUGCACAUCAACAAAUCGAAUUGGUUCUGCCACAUGCAACAUGACCUUAGCUGUGAUGCCGGGAAGUAUGAACAUUGGGUCUACUGCAGCUAUAGUUGGAGGUGUCCUUGCAGCUCUCGUGUUGGGGGGGAUUAUUAUUUUCUGUUGCUGCCGGAAAAAAGGCAAAAAUGACAAGUAUGCUGAGGGUUCCCCUGAAGAAGUGUUUUAUGACAGAGAUGCUCCUGAAACUGGAGACCAGUACUUGGAUGACCAGUCAAACAGAGAAGAAAAGCAGCCCUACAAGCAUGAAGACAAAGAUGUUGUUCCUCAAAAUCAAUACAAUGUAGGAACAGCCGGACAAAAGUUUGAGGAUGAUCAACACAGUUAUAAAAGUGGUAAAGAAAGGCAUGAUGGUAAGGGCAGUGAUGUUGACUCUCAGCGUUACCAGUACAGUGGAAGUCGUGAUGGUCUAGAUGAUAAACGUAACCAUUACAGUGGAAAUCGUGACAGGCCUGAUGAUCAGCGUGACCGUUACGGCGGCAGUCGAGAUCGUCUUGACGAUCAACGCGAUCGUUAUGGAGGCAGCCGUGAUCGUCUUGAUGAUCAGCGCGAUCGUUAUGGAGGCAGCCGUGAUCGUCUUGAUGAUCAACGCGAUCGUUAUGGAGGCAGCCGUGAUCGUCUUGAUGAUCAACGCGAUCGCUAUGGAGGCAGCCGUGAUCGCCUUGACGAUCAACGCGAUCGCUAUGGAGGCAGCCGUGAUCGCCUUGACGAUCGGCGCGAUCGUUAUGGUGGAAGCCGCGAUCGCCUUAAUGACCACAGCGAUCUCCAUCGUAGUAGUCGUGAUCGCCUCGAUUCGCCUGACGAUCAAUACAGAAAUAGAUAUGAAUAAUCUUGCGUUACUGAAUUUUUUCUUAAGGCCAUAAAAGUCUAUUUUUAAUGCACUUAAAGCAUAGAUUUGGACAUUUUGUCCGGUUAGGAGUCAUAAAGAGACACGGCAAAAUUGAUUAGUUUGUUUUUGCAAAUACCAUAAAUUAAAAUAAAAUAAAUUCCAUACACAAAGAGUAGCCUGGGGAGCCAGAAGGAUAAGAAAUACAGGCUUGUCUCUAAUAUAGGACUGUCAAACACACAGGCCUGGCUACUGGAGUAAAUUAAUGGCCACUUAUUUGAGAAUUUACAGUAGGAAGUUUGUCACUACUUGCCAAGAUACUGCAACUGAGCUAAGCGGAUUUAUUUUGGUUUCAUAACAUUGUUCCAGUGGCCCAUUACUUUGAUUAAAGAUGCUAUUUUUAUUCUCACCUGUAUUCUUUAAUGUCUCUGCCUCUGACUGGCUCUGACUGAUAUUGUUUCUACCAAACACUAGCUAAUCAAAGGGACAUUAGGUGGAUCUUCAUGGAUAUUUUCAGACUAAUUGGGUUUCUGAAUGAUGGGCUGUCUGAACAAUGCAGAGUCCACCUUAUUUCACUCACAAUCCACUAAUCACAGUGUUUCAUUUGAAUUGAUUUUCAUUGCAUAUACUGUGCAUGCAUGUGUGUGUAUACAUAUGCUGUGUGCAGCUCUACAAUAAAAUAAGACUUUUUAAAUAGGAAAAAAAAAAUCGAUAUAUGGCAAAAUGUAAUACCACGAGUCGCCACUGGGCAAAAUUAUACGCAAGACCGAACUGCACGUUUACACUGCAUUCAUGUUAUCCGCUAGCAUGAACGCAACCAACUAGGUAGCCUAAGUAUAACUUACGCUAAGCUAAGGUUAGCCAGCCAGCUGUAACUAUGUUGCAUAAAUCUGGCAUUAGUUGAUUCGCAUAUCUGAUGUGUAUGGGAAAACGCCUUUGUAUAUGGCAUUGCAUUUUUUUAUUUUGCAUUUGCAUGUUUUGGAAUUUGGGUUUAUAUGGAAUUUUUAUUCAAAAGUG